AUGGGAGCGGUCUCCGCACCCAUCUUGGCAGCCUUGGCCGGCAUCUCGGCCCAUUUGUUCGUCUUUCGCAUUGGGGAAUGGGACGUGGCGUCGCCCUCCAUCCUCACCAGUCACCUCGCCGUCUUCAUCGCCACGGGCUGGGCCUCCCACACGCUGUACGGGGCAUCCAUCGCCAGCGCCUCUCGAUGUAUCGGCAGCUACAUUGCAGGCCUGUACCUGAGCAUGGCGCUGUAUCGGCUCUGCUUCCACCGGCUUCGCAACUAUCCCGGUCCGUUCUGGGCCAGGCUUUCAAACCUGUACAUCACCGCCUUGUCUGCCAAAAAACUACGCUUGUUUGAGGUUGUUCAGAAGCUGCACAACGAGUACGGCGACUUUGUACGUCUCGGUCCAUCGGAACUGUCCAUUACGCAUCCGGACGCAGUGCGCGCAAUCUACAGCUCUCAGUCUCCCACCGUCAAAGGGCCAUUCUAUAGCCUCUUGGAGCCUCGCACUCCACUGUUUACGGUUCGUGACAAGCGAGAACAUGCGCGGCGGCGCAAAGUUUGGGACCAAGGAUUCACCACUAAAGCCCUCCACGAUUACAACUAUCGCAUCACCAAAGCCAUCUUGGACGUGAUGACCGUCCUCGACAGAGAGCACGACAAACCCGUCGACAUCACGAAAUGGUUCAGCUUCUUCGCCUUUGACAUCAUGGAAGACCUGGCCUUUAACCAAAACUCCAACCUGGUCCGCGACGGUCGAGAAAAGUUCAUUUUCAAGACUAUGCGCCAGGACUCGAUGGGCAUUGCCCUCCUCUCACACCUCCUGUGGCUCCUGCCCCUUCUCAAACGGACGCCAAUCUUGAACAGAAACUAUCUGCAGUUUUGGAAAUGGAUCCAGGACAAGAUUGACGAGCGAACCAACAAUCAGCCUGACCAACCCGAUAUAUUUUCCUGGAUCCUGGCCGACUUUGAAAAAGGACCCAAGACGCGGCGUGAUCGUUGGAACCUGCACGGCGACGCUCAACUCAUCGUUGUUGCGGGAAGCGAUACGACGUCCACCACGCUCACACACCUGUUUUUCGAACUUGCUGGCCAUGCCGAGCUGCUCAAGAACCUGCAGCGCGAGUUUGACGCUCUGCCAGACCUGUCGAACGAGAGCCUGAGCACGGUUGUCCUCUUGGAGGCCGUCAUUCAGGAGACGCUGCGGCUGCAUCCGGCUGUGCCUUCUGGGACACAGCGACUUACACCGCCUGAAGGCUUGCAGAUUGGCGAUCAUCACGUCCCGGGAAACACGAUCGUGCAGGUGCCUUCCUAUACCAUCUUUAGAGACGCUCGGUUCUUUGACGAGCCGAAUGAGUUUAUCCCGGAGCGCUGGACUACAAGGCCGGAGCUGGUCAGGGACAGCUCGGUGUUUAUACCGUUUAACAUAGGACCAUAUAGCUGUGUCGGUAAAAGACUGGCCAUGCUGGAGCUUCGUCGGACGACGGCGGAGAUACUGUCGCGGUACGACGUGCGCAUGGCGCCAGGCCAGACCAAGGAGGCGUUUCUAGAGGAGAAGAAGGACACUUUUACCGUCAUUUUACCGCCGUUGAAUCUGAUUUUUACGCCGCGGUCAUAG